AUGACGGAUCACAAGAACCCAGAACCCGGCGCUCUACACGUGGAGAGUUCCACUGCACAUGAAAUGGUUGACAAUGAUCUCAUGAAACCAAGCAUUACACAUCCUCCAAGAAUAAUCAUCACAGAAGCCGAGUCCAGGCGAAUCUGUCGGAAGACCGACAGGACUAUCCUCGUCGUUCUCAUCUGGGUUUAUUUCUUGCAAAUCCUGGACAAGACUGUCCUGGGUUAUGGAGCCACAUUCGGUUUGAAGACGGAUACCGGACUCACUGGCAACCAAUACUCGCUCAUCGGUUCGAUUUCUUCAAUUGCGCAGUUAGCAUGGCAGCCAUUCUCAUCAUAUCUUAUUGUUCGUGUUCCGCACCGAAUCCUGAUGCCCAUACUCGUUCUGGGCUGGGGCAUUGCGCAGACAUGCAUGGCAGCGUGCACAAACUUUAGCGGUUUAAUGGCUACUCGCUUCUUCCUGGGUCUGUUUGAAGCCGGAUGUCUUCCGCUGUUUAGUAUGAUUACUGCCCAGUGGUACAGGAGAGCGGAACAACCUGUCAGAGUGGCUGCGUGGUAUGGAACGAAUGGACUGGCAAAUAUCUUCGCAGCUGGACUGAGUGUCGGUCUUUCCCAUAUCCACUCCGACAUUCUAAAGUCAUGGCAAAUCAUCUUUUUAUUUGUCGGACUCUUAACCGUCGCUUCAGUGCCACUAAUCUAUAUUCUCCUGGACAACGACAUCCCAUCCGCUCGAUUCCUAGACGAGGAAGAAAAAGUCAUAGCCAUCGAGCGCCUACGUGCCAACCAAACCGGCGCUGGCACUCGCGAGUUCAAAUGGGAUCACGUAUUGGAAGCAGUCCUCGAGCCGAAAACCUGGCUAUUUGUAGCCAUGAGCAUGAUGCUCAAUGUUGGCGCCAGCGUCACAAACGUCUUCGGACCUACCAUUCUCUCCGGCUUCGGUUUCAACGCCGAGAAGAGCAGCUUGAUGAGCAUGCCGUUUGGUGCAUUGCAGUGCAUUGUCAUCCUGCUUAGCUGUUGGCUUGCGCAGAAAGCGCAUCUCAAGGGUGCGGUGUUGGUAGGAUUGAUGCUUCCUGUUGUUGCAGGGUUAGCUAUGCUUUAUGUGAUCCCUCACUCGGGAAACCAAGGUCCACUGUUGGUAGGAUACUACCUUUUGGCAUUCUUGUACGGAGGUAACCCGCUUGUAAUCUCAUGGAUUGUUGGUAACACUGGUGGAACAACCAAGCGAUCUUUCAUCUCAAGCGCAUACAAUGCUGCUAGCAGCGCCGGGAACAUUGUCGGCCCUCUGCUCUUCAACUCAAAAGAUGCACCAGCCUAUCACCCUGGUGUUCGGGGCUGUCUUGCUAUAUUUUCAUCGCUGGUUGCAGUUAUCAUCAUCCAAUGGGCUAAUCUCUUAUUCCUCAAUAAGUUGCAGGAGAGAAAGCGUGUUCAGAACGGCAAGCCGGCCAAAUUGGUGGACCACUCUAUGCAGCAACAUUAUCAUGACAUUGAGGAGAACAACGAGUCCACUGAAAACGACGACAUUGGCGACAAUGCGUUUGCGGAUUUGACGGACCGGAAGAAUGAUGAGUUUGUCUACAUCUAUUGA